UCAGCGUCAUAUAACGGGUCUGUGAGUUUGAUCUGACUGGGCGAUGGCUCUGGCCGAUAGCCCACACCGUGGAGCUGGAUUUGCAAAACUCUACUGCGUUUUAUUGCAUUUAACUCCAUGCGCGUAAAAGACGCUCGAGAGCGGCAUAUUGACGUCAGAGGAGCGUCCAUCUGUGCGUCUUUACUGUAAUUGCGAUGUGCUGCUGAUUCUCCUCAGAUCCUCGAUUUAACGCGUCUCCUUGAGCGAAUGCUGCAGUUAAACCUUUAGUCGAAGAUGAAGUGCUGUUUGUUUGUAAUGUAGCAGAGCGGUGUGUGUAUAACAUAGAUCAGAAAUAGUUUGAUGUGUUACUGUAAUGAUCACCUGUGAUAUUACCAAAUAAUCUAAGCGUUUUAUACUUUAGAUAUGCCAUAAGGAGGUGAUUUCUGUGCUGCUAAAGCAUUUUAAUUUUCUCUUUUAUGUUUACAUCCUGUCCAUCUAUAAUGCUGGUUCAUAUAUAUUGACAGAGUUUGGGCUGGGGGUCAGUGUGUGUUUGGACACCUCAGCCACCCAUAGAGACUGUGUUGAUAUUUUACAUUUGGAAGACAAUUUACUAACUGUACAUUAUUAUUAUUAUUAUUAAAUGAUUACUGUUUUUAUCAGAAUGUUUUUCCUGGGGUUCGAACCCCUGAUCCUUGUGUUGCUAGCGCCAUGCUUUACCAGCUGAGUUGGAGGAGCUCCUGAUAUUGUGUGUUUUUACGUGUCCAUGGCCCUGUCCUGCUGUGGGACGUCUCUCCAUCACGGUUCCUCUCCGAGGAGAAUCGCCCAGAGUUCAGGCAUCAGGACUUGUGUGAAUCAGCCGUGUCCCAGUUCAUCAUCUGUGGGGUUCAGGAUGCUGCAGACUGCUGUGAGUUUGGAGGGAGUGGAGGAGAGAGAUGAGGAACCGGAGGAUGAAGGUGAAGAUCUGAGGGAUGGUGGGAUUCCCUUCAUCAUUAAUCGGGGUGGUCUGCCUGUGAACGAGGAGACGUGGGAGCAGAUGUGGAGGCACAUCGCCCGGAUCCAUCCAGAUGGAGAGGAAGUGGGGAAGAGGAUACGAGGAACCUGUGAGCUGCCCAAAAUUCCAACACCAAGUGUGCCUAUAUUCCAGCUGAACACCAGUAUUCCCCAGCGCCUGGAAGCCAUACAGAGAUACAUCAGGGACUUGCAAUACAAUCACACUGGAACACAGUUUUUUGAGAUUAAGAAAACCAGGCCACUCACAGCAUUAAUGGACAUUGCCAAGGACAUGACGAGAGAAUCUCUACCAAUCAAAUGUUUGGAAGCCGUAAUCCUCGGAAUUUACCUCACUAACAGCAUGCCGGCGGUCGAGCGGUUUCCUCUCAGCUUUAAGACGCAGUUCUCAGGGAGUCAUUUCUGUCACAUCGUGCUGGCCGUGCACAGCGGCGGGCGCUUCGGCGCUCUUGGAAUCAGCCGGCGCGAGGACCUGAUGUACAAACCACUGGAGUAUAAAACACUUUCUGACCUUGUGCAGGAGUUCCGUGUGGCCUAUCAGGGCUACUGGCACACGCUGAGCAAGGUGAAGAUCGGUCAUUAUGUGUCACAUGACCCUCACAGCGUGGAGCAGAUCGAGUGGAAGCAUUCAGUGCUGGACGUGGACAAACUGUCCGCAGAAGAGCUGAAGAAAGAGCUGGAGAGACACACUCGCGAUAUGAGACUAAAGAUUGGUAAAACUACUCCUCCAUCGCCCACUAAAGACAGGAGGAAGGAUGUCGGUUCUCCUCUGAGGAACCCCAGGAGCCCUAUGCGCAAGAACAGCGACAGACGGGUGUCAGUAGAGAAGAAACUGGUGCAGACCGGACCUGCUGCUGAUGUGAAUGGAUACCAGAUCAGGGUGUGAUGUGGGUGAUCAGAUUUCUGGAUGACUUUCAAAUCAAAGAUUAACUGGUCAGCCAAACUCUGAGAGAUUGACGAAAUACAGAAGACUGAAACUCAGUUGGACAAUUGUGUUCACCUCUAAUGAAAAGUAUCACACUUCACAGGGAAUGUAGUCACAAUGGCUUUUAUUCAAGAAUGUUCAAUAACCGCACUUAUUUAUAUUCAUUUUAAUAUUCACUUUUCACAUUUAAUCUGUAAAUAUAUGGGAAUUAUCCUUUACCCCAUUAUUAUCCUUAACUCUACUAGAAACUAACCAGACUUUUGUAGAGGCUAGUUUGCAAUCCAUUUAUUAGGUGCCUUUUUAUAAACUUUGUUUACACACACGCACACACACACACACACACCCACACAAGUGCAUGUUUACUUAUAUUAAUGGGGACAUACCAUAUUGUUUUAUAUAAAACAAAUUAUAAUAACUAGACUAAUCCAAACUCUACACCUAAAAAAUUAAAUUUUGCAUUAUUGGAAUAAUAAAAAGACAUUAUCAUCAGUGGAAAUUCCUAAAUCGUGGAAAUGUUUGGUUGUAACAUAUGAGCAGCACAGUAUAAAGGCACUGAAAUAGGGUUAUGUAACUGUUAAAAUGGGCAUCUUUAAAAAUAUUAGUGUGUGAUUGGUGUUCCAAUUAAACAUAUACAGGGUUUAGUCAUUAUACAUGGUGAAUGCAGCCCUUAACCAACAACACACAUUUCAUUUGUUGACAUUAUUUUACAAAUAUAUAGCAUGUUGCUCUACACAUUAUUAUACAUAUUUAAUAUUUAAAGUCAACAUGAAAUCAAAAGAGUCCCAAUUACAACAAAAAAUAAAAACUUUCCUUUUCAUCACAUCACCAAGCCCUCGUAUUCUUCAGCCACCUGUCAUCUAGUGACACGUAACAACACCCUCUAAUCAAUUCAUCAUUCGUGAAGUCCCACCCUACAUUUAUUCUCUUUGAAAAUCCUGUUUCACUGAAAUACAUCACAAUACGGAAGUGAAAUGGGUUGCAAAUGCUGUUUCAUGAAAACUUUAGGAGUUUCCUGAUCUAGAUGUGGAAUUUGGCUAUAGUUUUUUAGGAAUAGGAAUUUGUUUUUCUAAUUACAUCUUAAAUAUUAGAUGAUAUUUUUAUAAAGAAGAUAUUAAACACAAAUGAGUAGACUGUAGACACAUUUACAUAAUGGUCUUGCGUAAAGCCAAACAUACUUGGUGUGGGACACGAUGAACCUGUGUUUACUCUCUAGGCGAGUAUGAAUCGCUACAAGUGCAAAUAUCCGGAGAAACACAGAGGUGUAUGGUGCUGUUCAAUACUCUUGUUUGUCACCUCUGUCUUUUGGUCAUGUUGUUGAUCAGUGACGUGAAGCAGAAAUCACUCUCUUCUGUUUUGUUGUUUGUUUUCUAUUUCUGAGAUUAAAUGUAGAGUUGAUGUAUGAUGUCACAGCAAAGUUAUGUCAUUGUUACACUUUCUAGCCACUUUUUGACACUUAAAAUAAAAUGUACAAUUAUUACCUUG